AUGGCCGAACAAGUCCCAACAAAGCGCCAAAAGCGCGAGGAAUACCGUCGCGGUAUCCAGGCCCAGCAAGAAACCGAAGAUGGCUCUGUCGUCAAGAUGCCGCAGAAGAAAUUCUUCCGUCAGCGCGCGCAUGCGAAUCCCUUCUCAGACCACAAUUUGAACUACCCUAUCAGCCCCGCGCAUAUGGAUUGGUCUUCUCACUACCCUGCAUACGUGGACCCGGAUACCCUCAAGACAAAUUUGGCCGGUGCUCGCCAAUUGACUAAGAAUGUCGAGGUUGUGGAUAUUGGCUGUGGCUUCGGUGGAUUGCUUGUUGGGCUGGCGCCUUUGCUGCCGGAUACUCUGAUGGUUGAAGUGCACAAGACCAAGGCUAACCAAAACAAAGGCAUGGAAAUUCGGACCCAAGUCCUCGAGUACCUAACAUCUCGCAUUCACGCCCUCCGCACCCAACAACAAAACUUAAAGAACAAAGCCGCAAAGCCAACCAGCACAGAAGCACCAGAAUCUACAGAACAACCCACAGAAAUGGACACAAGCGACGAUAAAGCCCCAGUCCCAGCAACAGACGACGAUAUCGGCACAACAAAGAUCUUCCCCGGAAACUUCGAAAACAUCACCGCAAUCCGCGCAAACACGAUGAAAUUCCUGCCAAACUUCUUCGGCCGCCACCAACUCUCCAAAAUCUUCGUCUGCUUCCCAGACCCGCACUUCAAAGCGCGCAAGCACAAAGCGCGCAUUAUUUCCGAGUCCCUCAAUGCCGAGUAUGCGUAUGCACUCCGCCCUGGUGGCUUGCUAUACACCAUUACCGAUGUGGAGGAGUACCAUCAUUGGGUUCUGAGGCAUUUCCAGCGCCAGCCUGAGGACGCGGAGAAGACAGAGGGUGAGGCGGUGCAUGCGCCUGGCAUUAAGGAUAUCUGGGAGCGGGUCUCAGAUGAGGAUCUUGCGGCUGAUCCUUGUGUGCGGGUUAUGCAGUUUGAGACUGAGGAGUCGAAGAAGGUUACGAGGAAUAAUGGCAAGAAGUUUGUUGCUGUUUUCAGGCGGUUGGCUGAUCCUGAGUGGUCUUCCUCUUAA